AUGCAGCGAAUGAUCCGCCAGUUCGCUGCCGAAUAUACCUCAAAAACUACUCAGGACGACCUGCCCCUGCCCAACGGCACCAUGAAGGACCAAAGCCUGCCGAGAGUGGCGUCUCUGGCCCCGGCCCCUUGGGGUACGGCUGCUGCCUCUGCACAGAAUCCCGUCCUCAGCAAGCUUCUCAUGGCCGACCAGGACGGCCCGCUGGACCUCACCGUGAAGAAGAACCAGGUGGACACAGAGCCCAGCCAGCAGGACGGCGUCCUGGACCUCUCCACCAAGAAGACCCACAGCGCAGACAGCCUCAAAACCUUCCCCGGCUUCUCCCCUGCGUCUGGGGUCAAAGGACAUUCACUGAAAGUGGAGCAUACCCUGCCGGAGGUGGAUGAGGAGGAUGGCCUGCUGCAGAGAAGCUUGCAGGACGGACUAAGGGAGAACUAUGUCAGCUCCAACUCCUUCAAGCCCCCAUUGGCCCGCUCGCUGCGUAUCAAGGAGGAGCUCCUCAGCCAGAAGCACCGCCUCCUGAGCCAACCUGCUGCUCUUUCAUUGGCUAAUCUAGAGUCAGCCGGCUUGCUCAAUCAUGGGCAGUCCCACUCCUUGCUUGGCCAGAAGGGCUCUUCCUCUUUCUGGGGAAGCAAGGCCCACCUGGAGAGCCUGAUGAAGCUAAAACAGGCCAGUGGAGCUCUGAGUGGGGCCCUCAGUGACCUCAAAGACCUGCCUGCAUUCCUGGAGAAUCACCACCACAACCACCACGGAGCCUUCUCCAUCAAGAGUUCCCUCCACCAUCACCACAAUCAGGUCUCCAAGGCCCAACACCACCACAAUGAGGGCAAGAGAGACCAGGGCCACUCACCUCCUGUCGACCUGAAGAUCCCGCAAGUUAGGGGCAUGGAUCUCUCCUGGGACUCACAUGCCUCUGAGCUGUACAGCUUUGGCACCAUGGGGGUCGGGGGUGGUGGCCACGGGGACAACACCUUGAGCCGGAAGCUGAGAGCCAUCCUGCCUAAGCAGAACCGCCGGGGAGGAAGUCUUGGAAGCCUGCUGGAUGGGGCAUCUGACUACUGGAGCUCUGAAUUGGAGCACUCCAUUUCUGGGCCAGCGUACUCCACCUCCGACGUGGAAGGGGACCCGAACUCCAAGCAGCCGAGGAAGAAGCGCGGCCGUUAUCGCCAGUACAACAGCGAGAUCCUGGAGGAGGCCAUAGCAGUAGUGAUGAGCGGGAAGAUGAGCGUGUCCAAGGCUCAGAACAUGUACGGCAUCCCGCACAGCACCCUGGAGUACAAGGUCAAAGAGCGCAUGGGAACCCUGAAGAACCCCCCAAAGAAGAAGCUCAAGCUGAUGAUGAAGAUGGAAGCAGGAGGCCAGGAUUUUCCCACCGAGUCGGAGAACACGCCCACCUCAACCCCGCGAGAUGACGGCCCGCCGCUGGCAGCUGCAGAGCUCAAGGACAAUGUAAAAGAAGAGAUUGAUGACAAUUUCAAACCAAUCGACUAA